GGAAGACAACGUUAGCAUCUAAAGAUGAUGUCCUGGAAAUAUUUAAUAAGCGUUGCGCUUAUAGCGAUAUGGAUAAAAUUAUCCCUUGGCGAUAUUGUGGUACAGUUGAACAUAAAUCGACCAGUGAAUGAUGUGAGUGAUAAAUUCGUUAGUUUUACCAUGAAACCCGAGGAUUUGUAUGAGGCUUUGGAUGGCUCCCAUAGAAAGUCCAUUACACGCAUGGCUUCCAUGCUCGAUCAUUCUCAUAUUAAAUUUGUGGGUGAUUAUUACUUUGCCUCAGAGACAAAUACGAAACUUCGCAAUCCCACAAAGAUUGUAUGGAAGGGUUUCAACAAAUGGACCAGAGCCAUGGAUUGGUCCAUGAUUAUACCAGUUCCCUAUACACCAAAUGACUGGGAUCCCAUGCAUGCUUUCAAAAUUUUGAACAAUUCCCAAGCUGUGGGAAUUACCGAUUGCAUCUGGCAAUUGGGUACAGGUAUGAAUGACUUUGGUACUUCUGCUGCUUCCGAUUAUGUCAACGAUAUGAAAACUUUCAAUUUAAUGGUUGAAUCUUUCCGAGAGACUGAUACCAAUUGGCAAAUUAUGGGUGCUGAUAUUUCCUCGGGCAGUAGUCCUGAUGAAACUAAAGAAUACGUGCAAAUGUCAAAAGACUUGAAUACUGCCUUCGGUUGGAUAGGAUCAUCCGAUUCAUUUUUGGGCAAUAGUUUAACAAGCGCAUUCAACGAACAUGACCCCGCUUUGAAAGUUUUAUUCAAAGAAAAGGUCCCCGUUUGGUUGACACUACUGAAGACCUUUAAUCCAAGCCUCUCCUUUAUGGAUGACGAAGAAGUUCAAGAGGGUCUCAAUUGGGCUCAGACAAUGGGAGAUGCCGCCCACAAUGGAUUUGAUGUUAUAUUCAAGCCAGUCUCUCUCUCCGAUUGGGAAUCUCCCAAGUAUAGUUUCUAUGUAACUGCUGUGUACAAGAAAGUCAUGGGUUCCAGAGUAUUUGCCGCUAAACCUCUGUCUGGCUUCUUUGGUCGUAGCAAUAAAUUGUAUACCCACUGUGCGAAUAGUGAGUCUGGAGGUCUGGCAUUUAUGGUGAUCAAUAAGCAGACUACACCUUUGCAGAUAACUGUUAGAUCUAUGAGCAAACUUAAGGACAAUGAAGUGUGGCAGUAUGCCUUAACCAUGUCCGAUGGCCAAGUGAUGUUGAAUAACAAACAAGUUAGCAUUAACUCCACAUUGGAGCCAGAAAUCAAGAGAAAACAAUCCAACUCGUUUGUGCAAUUGAAAACACCUGCAUCCUCGGUUAGCUUUUGGGUGCUACCCAAUGCCAAUGUAGAACAUUGUCAAUAUACCGAAGUGGACUCAUCAAUGUCUACUUCGACGGAAGACGAGAGUCAAGAAUCCACGGAAAAGAUCAAAAGAUACACAUCCUCAGAUCGUUUGCUUAAAGAACUCAUCAAAGAAGCUGCAGCAAAGACGGCCGCUCCCGCUGGGCGUAAGAAAUACCGCCACAGACGUUCGGUGGACUCCAAGAAUGAGCAAAACAAAAAAUUUUUUCUAGGGAAUGGAGCACUUGAUAGUACUGGUGUUUUCAAAACUUUAACUGAGGCCAUAAACACGCCCUUUAAACGUGAGGCGUUUUCCCCUGAAAGAAGGCAGGCAGCAAUGAAAUGGUUGGGUAAACUUUUUCGGGAACCUUUAAACGCCAAUCUACCUUUAUUACGUAGAAGCGCUCGAAACUCUGACACCUACAACGGCCCUUUUUUCAUGACCAGGGAUGGCAAGAAGACUGCCUUCACCAAGAAAGUAACAGAUAUUAAGAAACCGGAGAAAAAGACAAACAAACGUACAUUUGAAGAUUUGGAAUUUGACGAGGAGAAGUUUUUCAAAAACGUGGGUGUGCAAACUGAACCGGAUUAUGUAAAAUUUCCCGAAGGUGAUGUAUUCCUGCAGAAUAUAGACUCAGUAAAUGGAGAGGACGUGGCAGAUGAAGAACUGAAGAUACAGCAUGUCAAGAAGGUGUCUUCUAAAAAGGAACCAAGGCCAAAGCUAUCCAAAGAUAUAGUCAAUGAAAUGAAACCACUCCGUCUAUUACCCACAGAGUUCUACGAAUCUUUGCCUGUAAAUCCCUCGAAAUCAUCUGUGGACAAUAAACCGUCUACUGGCUCGCCUUUCAACUCCUUGGGAGCUGAUGAACCUCUCAACAAAGUUUAUAGCAAAGGCAAAUCGAAUUUAUUCAGCAGUUAUUUCGAUAAGCACGACGAAGGAAUUGCAUCGAACAUCGAUGAGCAGGAUAAUAGCGAACCAGCUGAGUCUAAUGCAGAUUCUGCAAACGAUAGUGCGGAUGAAUUUGCCCAAGCUCAAAUGAAAAUGAGCGAAAAAAACUUUAAAAAUUCUGCCGUCGAAGACGACAAAGAGGUAGAGACAUCCAAAGACGUCGAUGACAUCCUAGUCGAUAGCGAAUCAAUGUCAUCGACCACUAGAAAAUCACGUUUUUCGAACUUCAUGAAAGACAGCUUCCUUGGAACUUCCGACGGUGAUGAAGACGAGACGGACAGCACUGCACAUGAAUCGGAGCCGCCAACCACAAAGGCCAAGUUCGAUGAAUUGCCUUGGUGGGAUUUGACAUCUUCACGUUCGAAGCGUUCUUUAGAUACAGCUGAAUCUUGGCAUGACAAUAUGGUUAGCAAAGACGAAGAUCCGAUUGUUGCAGCCAAUGAAAUAUCGCCAAGUCGAUUGCGGGCCUUUGAGUACAAGGUUGAUGAGGCAGUUCGUAGUACGGGGAAGUCAGAAAAUGAUAUUGAUACCAUUAGCAAGAAGUUUGUAAAAACCUUCAAGAGUCAGGUUACGAAAAUCGUGGACAUUGUCUCACAGCAUGUCAACGAAUGGUAUAAUUCUAUGUCCAAACAGUUGGAAAAUACGGAUGGGGAUGAUACAAAUGAUAUCUAAGAUAAAGUAAAGUAGUCAACUGAACUAUGAAA